GUGUUCCCGACGAAAGAGGGGCAUGUGUACAAGGAGAUCCGCAAAGGCAUCAUUGCCGCCAUCCUGCACACCGACAUGACCAAGCAUGGCGAGAUGAUCAAAGAGCUCGGGCUGUUCUACCAGCUGAACUCUGAGGCCUUCGAUAACCUCAAACCCCACGAAGCCGUGGACUCGGAGCAACAUGUGCAGCUGCUCAAGAACGUGUUCCUGCACGGCGCGGACGUCUCCAACCCCAUGAAGCCUUGGGAGGUGUGCCAGUCGUGGGCCCAUCUAUGCCUGGACGAGUUCUUCGCGCAGGGCGACAAGGAGAAGGCCAUGGGCGUCCCAGUCCAGCCCCUGAACGACCGCGACAAGGUGAACAGGCCCAGUUCGCAGGUG